AUGGGUGUUUUCACAUACGAAUCUGAGGUUGUUACUGCAAUCUCACCAGCCAAGAUGUUGAAGGCAUGUAUCCUUGAUGGUGACAAGCUCAUUCCCAAGAUUGUUCCUCAGGCUUUUAAGAGUGUUGAGUACAUUGAAGGCAAUGGUGAGCCUGGAAGCAUCAAGAAGAUUACCUUUGGAGAAGGAAGUCAAUUCAAUUACGUGAUGCAGAAAGUAGAAGCACUAGACAAAGAAAAUUUUGUGUAUAGUUACAGUGUGAUCGAAGGUGAUGCUUUGAUGAACACACUUGAGAAAAUCACUUAUGAAACCAAGUUGGAGCCCUCUUCAGCAGGAGGAUCCAUAUGUAAGACCACUAGUAACUAUUACACCAUUGGUGACUUUGAGAUCACAGAAGAGGGAAUCAAGGCCGGUAAAGAAAAGGCCUCGGGAAUAUUCAAGGCUGUUGAAGCCUACCUCCUGGCAAAUCCUGAUGCCUACUGAAAAUCCCAAUGCUGAGAUAGCAUCCACUUCAUUGAUCAAAAAUUAAAUGUGGAAUGCAUUUGUGCUUGUGUGAGGCAGUUGCUCUCUCUUUUUCUUGUUUUUUCACCUUUCACUUUUGCAAUUGUUGGUCCCGGUGACCUUCAGUUAGCUAAUAGGGGGUAAAAAAAUGUCAUGACCACUGGGAAGCUUGUACUAUCAA